AUGACCGCAGAAAAGACAAAGAUUGCCAUCGUUGGCGCUGGUCCCGUAGGCUGCGCCUUUGCAGUGCAUCUUGUUGGGGCCGGACACGAUGUCACAAUCAUAGGUCGCGGUCAGCGACUUGCGAACCUCGAGGAUAACGGCGGUGUCCUGGCAAAGAAAUCGGAGAAUGCGACGGAAAUCUCGAAUACCCCUGUAAAAGCUGUCGGAUCCCUCGACACCACGCAGCCUUGGGACCUAGUUCUUCUUACCGUUACAGAGCGCCAAUUUGAUGAGCCAUUAUUCACUACGCUUAAGGCGUGUCCAAAAACAGCAGAAAUUCUUUUCAUGUUCAAUACUUUCGCAUCACUGCAUAAGUACUUCGAUAUCUUGGGAAAGGAACGCUGCAUUAUGGGGUUUCCAGCGAUUAUGGCAUUCUUCCACGACGGAGCAUUGGUGCACAAAUUUAUGACCUUUGGCCAAAUUACCAUUAUCGCAUCACCCAAAUGGCGACCCAUCUUCUCUUCCGCCGGAAUAAAAUGUGUCCACGAGCCUGAUAUGCAAAGCUGGCUACGCACACACGCCGCCAUGGUCGUUGGUAUAUUGAGUGCGACCGUUGCAGCUGCCGAGCGUAAAUCAGGAGUAACAUGGGCGGAAGCACAGCUCAGUGCUGGGGCUGCCAGGGAAGGUCUUCUGCUUACCAAGAAGCUUGGGAAUAGCAUCACGCCCAAAUUCAUACACUAUCUUGCUUUCACAGCGCCGAGUUUUGUGUUCACCGGGUUGCUCUGGCUUCUGACGAGGGUACCUAGUAUGCGCAAUAACACGCAAGUCCCGAACUGGAAACAAGAGAUGCUUGGUUUGGCGGAAAGUAUAACUGGAUCAGCGCCUUCUGAUGACGAUGUACGACUUCUUACCCAGUUAAGGUCGAAGUAUGUAUGA